GGUUAGGAGCGCCUCUGCACUCCAUCACACCAGGCAGUGCAGAGAGAGCAUCCUGAACACGGGCGAGCCAUGGCCGCGCGGACCACAGACGGAUGAAACGGGAUCGGGACGGAAUCGAGAAGAAAUGCAAAGAGUCAAUGUCGAAGAAAGACGUGGACAAACAAGACUGUAAACAGGUGCAUCAAGGCUGAGAAUGGGCAAUUCCUCCUUCCCAGGUCGAGAGAAGAGAAAGGCUCCCAUGAUAUCUGCCGGUGAUGCUGAGGUCCCGCGGGAUUAUCACACACUGGCUGCCAGCAGCAGCCGUAUGGUCCGGCGGUUCCCGGACAACAGCAACGGGGGGUUCACGUCCUCCUCCCUGGACCGCCGGCACAACACCGUGGCUGCCAAGAGCCUGGAGGCGCUGAACAGCAUCCACAAGGCUGAUAUAGAGCGCCAGCGAGACGCCCUCAUGGACCUCCAGAAGAACAAAUUCUCAAACAGCUCCUGCAGUGUGUCGCUGUCCCAUGGCUCUCCUGCUGGAGGACGGCAGCAGCAGCCAAACUACUGGAGCUUCAAGACUCGCACCCCACGCGUGACACGACUCAGCCCUACACAGCCGGCUCUUGGCGAUCAGGCCAACAGGGUAUCCUUUGCAUCGGCCGAAAACCUGGAGACCAUGUCAGAGCCUGACAUGCCCAUCGGCUUCAACCGGAUGAACCGACUUCGCCAGAGUCUGCCUCUGGCUCGCUCAUCCAGCCAAGCCAAGUUACGAGCACCAGGUAUCUUGUUUCUCCAGCUGGGGGAGGAGACCCGCAGGGUGCACCUAACCCAUGAGCUGACCAGCCUGGACACCCUGAGGGCCCUGAUUGUGCACAUGUUCCCUCAGAGGCUCACCAUGGCCAUGCUCAGGACUCCCAGCACAGCUCUCCUGAUCAAAGAUGAGACCCGUAAUGUUUUUUAUGAACUGGAGGACCCUCGCGAUGUUCAGGACCGCUGCAUCAUUAAGAUUUACUGCAAAGAGCCUGUCUACGGCACCUACCCCGGACACCACAACCCACACCUUGCUAAUGGAGAUCUGCGGAGGGAGAUGGUGUACGCACCUCAGGACUCUCCACCAGACCGCCGCCUCAGCAACCCGCCGUUGUCUUCCCAGCAUUCGGUCUCCUCUGCCUCGCCUCCACAUUCCUCUCCGUCCCGCACUCGCCUCCUCUACAGCGCCAGUAGGCCGUCCUCCUACGCCGGGCCGCCCCACCACACCCAUUCCCUGCCGCUCCUGCACGCCCAGUCCCACCAUUCCUCUCCGCACCACCAGCCGCAGCUUCACCACCCCCAUCACACCCAACCGGCCUUUUGCGCCUCCUCCAGCGCCAUCCUGGAACGCAGAGAUGUGAAGCCAGACGACGAAAUAGGUGGAUCCAGGAGCAUGGUGCUGCUGCGGGGGGACGAUCGCGGGGGAGGGGGGAUCUACGCAGACCCUUAUUCUCUGGGGCCAGAUACGGGUCGGCUGAGCCUGGCAGGAGGACCUCACUCCCCGAUCCCAGCCAGAGCGGAUCCCUACAGCUCCUUGAUUCGCCGUGGAGGAGGGGGAGGAGGCGAGGGGGGAGGAGGCGCUGGGUCGGUUCGAACACUCACCUCCUAUUCAGCAGCUGCUUUGCAGGGAGAGCUGAUGGAAAGUGGUGCCCUCUACAGGCCAGGAGGACCACUUUAUAACGAUGCUUAUGCUGCUUCUAUGUUGGCCAUGGGGCUGCGGAUGCCACCGCCCUCUUCCCCGCAAAAGAUAACCGACAUGAGGGAUGCCUACCCGGGAACUCUACCCAGUCGGGGGUCACCUGGGAAGCAGAAUUUGAGAAGAGACUCUGUGACUUCUGCUGUGUUUGGGGACAGUCCCAAAGCCCGCGGCCAGGGCUCAGGGUUAGGGCUGACCGCCGAGCAGCUCUGUUUGAUGGCCAGUCCUGGAGGGGACGGGGGGAACGUCGGACCUUUCGGCUCACCUCUGUUGGGCAACGAGACAGAGACCAGGGAGCGUAUGGAGGCCAUGGAGAAGCAGAUCGCCAGCCUGACAGGGCUGCUGCAGAGGGUUCUGAGCCGGGGGCCAGAGGCAGAGAGCCCGGAGAAGAUUGAGUCAGCCAGUGACUGCUCAGGAACUGACACUGGACGAUCUAAAAAAAAGAAAGCUUUGACGCCAUCAGCUCCAUUGGCCCUGAUGCCGCCGCCGUCCUCCGCGGUCAACCAGCCGGUGACAGUGUCCCGCCUGCAGAUGCAACUCCACCUUCAAGGUCUGCAGCAGAACACCAAUGCGCUGCGCAAACAACUGUCUCAACUGCGCAACAUGCAGCUGGAGAACCAGGACUCAGUGCUGUCUCUGUUGAGGCAGACGGAAUCUGAGCUCAGUCUCAUGAUGUUGGAUGCCAUGCGCACCCAGGAGGACCCGCUCCAGAGACAGCGCCUCCUAGUGGAGGAGGAGAGACUCAAGUACCUCAACCAGGAGGAACUGCUAAUCCAACAGCUGCAUGACCUUGAGAAGUCAGUGGAGGAACUGCAGAGGAACUCGUCCAUCAACCACGGUCUGGUGACGGAGCAGGACGUGGAGCAGAAGAGCAAAGAGCUGAGGAUGCUGGGAGAGAUGCUCACUGAUCUGAAAAACCAGUUCCCCAGCCUGCAGAGUAAGAUGCGAGUGGUGUUGAGGGUGGAGGUGGAGGCUGUUAAGUUCUUGAAAGAGGAACCUCACCGGCUGGAGGCCCUGUUGAAGCGUUGUAACACCAUGACCGAUGCGCUUAGCACACUACGCAGAAAAGUCACAGAGGGUGUUUGGAAGAGUCCUGAAGACCUCUCCAGUCAAGCCCAAAAGAGGACAGAGGACAUGAACCGCAGUUCUGACCUGGACAUCCUGAACAGUCCUCCUCUCAGUCUCAGUGAUCUAAGCACCAGCUCUAGUCUGGCGAACUGGGUGCCCAUAUCAGCGGGUGACGCAGACUCUUCUGGGCCUGAGCAGGACAUGCAACCGUCAGUGAGCUUCAGAAGUCGGGUUCUUGAUGACCUGCCAAGUCGACGUCCUGCCGAUAAGUCGGUGUCAGCUGAAGUCAGACUGGCAGCAGAAAGGGACUGGGAGGAGAAACGGGCCAGCUUGACCCAGUUCAGCGCCCAGGACAUCAAUCGUUUGCUGGAAGAAACUCAGGCUGAGCUGAUGAAGGCCAUCCCAGACCUUGACUUCGCUGCCAGGCAUAUCAACAAGCCGGCAGUUCCCCCCAAGCCCCAGAUCACCCUCCCAAUAACCUUGACCACAGCGACUUCUCCUGCAGCCGGGAACUCCGCCACCGCCAGCAAUGCUGCCGCGACGACCGCCACACAGGGCGGGGAGCAGCAGCCCGGCAAAGUGCAGUUGGUUGCCCAAAAGUUGAACAGUAUGGAAGGGGCUGGCAUGCAUCGUGGGUCAGUGGACCUGAACGUGGCCAAGUACCGUACAGAGAAGCCCUCCAAGUCUCCACCUCCGCCGCCACCUCGACGAAGCUUCCCGUCGGCACAUGGCCUCACCACGAACCGCACUGGAGAAGUCAUCGUCAUCACAAAACCUCUGAAGAUUGAAGAGGAUGGCGACAUCCCUAAAACUCUGGUCAGACUGAGGCGGACUGCGUCUGACACCCCUCGACCUGCUUCGACGCCACCUGUCAUUGCGGCAUCAGGUGUUCAGGAUGACAACGAUGAAGAGAAGAUUAUUGCUGAGCUCGAGAUAUUUCAGAGAACGCCUGUAAACGAUUCCCCUUGUAAUAUACGAGACAGCACCAUACCUGGGCCCGACCCCACACCUUUGUGUCCUUUUAGCUAACUGCCUCGCCCUGACUCCCUCCCACAGAAUGCCAGUAACUCUCCCGGGCCGACCCGAGGUCCCACCGUGGCAGCCAGGCUCAAACAUCUUCAGCAGGGCAGCCUGGAGAGGCCCAAAACCCAAAAGCAGAAAGAGGAUUUGCCCAAAGUCCAAGGCCAGCAGCAGGUAUUCCACUUCUAAAACCUCCACCUCUGAUGCUACGUCUGCCUCCCUGUCUGACUCUCUGCGCUAACAUCAAAGGAGGUUUUCUCCCCCCGGCAAGAAAAACUGUAGGUCCUACCAGCAGGCAAAAUGAGAUUAUACAAUAGGAGAGGGGAACUAUCGACAAAAACAUUGCUUUUUCUCCCCCCCCCCCAACAACAGUUAUUGCUGUGUGUUUUGACAUUUGAGUUACUGGGUCGAAACUAGCGUUGCUUAGAGAACAAGUUAUUGUCGUACAAGUACGUUAAUGCUUUUAAUUUCAUGAGGAAAGUCUUGGUGGUGCUUGUGACUGAUUACACUAGCUUUAUUAUAAAAGUCUGAUCUAUACAAAUACAGUAUUUGCCUCCAGUGUGCUACAUAAUCUCCAGUAAUGCCACAGAAUGAUUUCAAAUCUCAAGGUCAAACCAUUGACACAUUUCAAGCCAUGUAUUCUCUCAUCGCUCACUCAUCGAGUUAUCACUGCUUGUUUUUGCACGUGUGUGUUUUGCAUCCUUAAAAACAAACAAACAAAAACAAUGGAAAUUAGCUGCUACUUGCCACGCCC